GGCGGGUGUAAUGUAAUGUAAGUAACCAUUCUCUACCAAACCAAACCAAACCAAUUGUUCACCGUCGUCACCCCUCCUCGCCUCCAUCCCUUCUUCUUUCUUCUCUCUUCUUUAAUCUAUUCUAUUCUAUUCUAUUCUAUUCUAUGGCCUUCUUUCGAGUUCGAAUCUAGCUAUAGCUGCUCUCGACUUGCUAGACUUAACUAACUUCCAAAGCGAGAGAAAAAGAAACGGUCCAAAAGAAUGAGAGAGGAGGUGAAGAGGUUCUGCAGCUCUGCAUGUAGGCUCUCUUCUUCUUCUUCUUCCUGUUCAUCCAACUCAACGAGACUGCUGUGGGUUUUGGUCCCCUUGAUUCUGGUCUCCGGCCUGGUCUCCAAUUUCGGCCCCACCCUCCCCGCCUUGCACUUCUUGUCAGCUUCAGCUUCAGCUUCAGCUUCUUCCCCUGCCAAUGAGACCGCUAGUAGCAGGGGAGGAGGGAUGGUGGUUGUCAGCGGCGGAGGGCAGAGCGUGGAAGAGAAGAAAGCAAUCUCCGACGAGUUACCUCUCCUCAAUCGGUCAUCUUCCCCGCCGGUUUCCGUCCUCGAGGUUCUUGAUUUCCAGGUCCAACAACCAUCGAACGGAACAGAGGACGAAGACGUGGAUUUGGAAUUCUUGACAGCCUCCGGUCCGGCGGCUUCCCCGGCGCCGGGUCCGGACUCUGAAGCCGUGAACGGAACUCUGGAUCUCCAGUUGGGGAAGAGGCGGCGGAAGGAGAUUACCAAUUUAGACAAGGUGGAAGCUGGCCUACAACAGGCUCGUCUUGCAAUCAAGGAGGCCAAAUAUGGAAACCAAACCCUUGAGGAUUCUGACUAUGUCCCCGCUGGCCCUAUGUAUUGGAACGCCGGAGCUUUCCACAGGAGCUACAGAGAGAUGGAGAAGCAGUUCAAGGUAUUUGUUUAUGAAGAAGGGGAGCCUCCUGUGUUUCACAACGGUCCUUGCAAGAGCAUUUACUCCAUGGAAGGGAACUUCAUCCACAGAAUGGAGAUCGACCCUCAGUUUCGUACCAGAGACCCCGAGAAGGCCCAUGUCUUCUUCCUUCCAUUCAGCGUCGCCAUGUUGGUUCAGUUCGUCUACAUACGGGACUCCCACGACUUUGGUCCCAUUAGGAGGACUGUGACCGACUAUGUAGACCGUGUCGCGGAGAAGUACCCUUACUGGAAUCGAAGCCUUGGCGCCGAUCAUUUCAUGCUCGCCUGUCACGAUUGGGGGCCGGAGACAUCAUUCUCAGUUCCACUCCUCGGCAAGAACUCGAUCCGCGCACUAUGUAACGCCAACACCUCCGAGCGAUUCAAUCCCGUCAAGGAUGUGUCCUUCCCGGAGAUCAACCUGCGAACUGGGACUACCAACGGCUUCAUCGGAGGCCCCUCUCCUUCAAAACGUUCCAUCCUUGCCUUCUUUGCUGGAGGUGUCCACGGUCCCAUUCGCCCCCUUCUUCUCAACCACUGGGAGAACAACAAGGACCCCGACAUCCGAGUCCACCAGUACCUCCCCAAGGGCAUCUCAUACUACGACAUGAUGAGGCAGAGCAAGUUCUGCCUCUGCCCCAGCGGGUACGAGGUUGCCAGCCCUCGAGUCGUUGAGGCGAUCUACGCUGGCUGCGUUCCGGUACUAAUCUCGGACCACUACGUCCCGCCAUUUAGUGAUGUGCUGAACUGGAAGUCGUUCUCGGUGGAGGUUCCGGUGGGAGAGAUACCGAAUCUGAAGAGGAUACUGGAAGGGAUAUCGUCCAGGCAGUAUAUAAGGAUGCAGAGGAGGGUGCUGCAGGUGAGGAAGCACUUCGAGGUGAAUUCGCCGCCGAGGCGGUACGAUGUUUUCCACAUGAUAUUGCAUUCGAUUUGGUUGAGGAGGUUGAAUGUGAGGAUCCAGGGUGGCGAAUUCGCUAUCACCAGAUGAUGAGAAUGAAUUCGAUCGUCUUCUUAUCAGGAUUUUGGUUUCUAUGUAGAAAGUGUAAAUGUUAAUUUGGUGAAAGAAUGGAAGCAUAAUGUAUCAUGAGUUAUGUAGUAUUGCUUCAAGCAUUGUUCUAUUGAUCAUUGUGAAAGUUUAUAUGCAACCAAGGUAUCAAUACAACAUCAUAGUCGUGUGUUCUAGUCUUGGAAUUCAAAAUCAAAGGCUUCAAC